UAAACCUGAAGUUGAUCGAUUGAAGUGGUUGUAAAACAUAACCUCUGAGUCUUAAGCUAUUACAAAAUGUUUAAAAAACUGCCUAACAACAAUUUCUCCUCACAGAAUAAUAAAUUUCUGCGCAAAAAUCCUCGAACUAUUGGCGCCCGAGUGAUUGUGUGCCUCAUCAGUGAACAAUUAAGUGUUUUUGGAGUCACAACAAUGAAAAACUUGAAGUUUGUCGUUUGAACUAAAUUUCGAGAGUCUCGAAGAGCCACGUGAGUCCAUCUGCUCCUGAAUUCACGUACACUAAAUUGUGCAACGGCACUUACGGCAAUGUGGCUGUCACAGUUGACUCCCCAAAUGAUGUUUUAGUUAAUUAGCUCGUAAAAAACCCAGAAAAAUGGAGCCCGGUACACUGACCAAAGUUCUCAACGACUUCUACACGACAGUCGAGGGUGAACUCAGUCUGUCAAAGGGUGAAUUCUUCCUGAUCCAUAACGUCAUCGAUAAACACUGGUGCUAUGGAAUGUCGAGAGACAGGAGGGGCAGUUUUCCCUGUAAUCACCUGCUUAAAGUUGAAGUGCCUCAGUUCAAGGAGACGGAGAGUCUUUUUGUGUCGAUUGCUGCUUUUCGAGGAGAACAGCAGGGGGAUUUAAUUUUUGGUGAAGGUGAAUUGAUCAUUGGAACCCACGAAGUAGAGUCUGGAUGGUAUUCUGGUCGUACAGACAGUCGAACAGGUGUUUUUCCACUGACUCACGUGUGGAUGGUUGAUCCUAUAGUCCUUAAGAGACCAGCAGACAAGAAAUCAGUCCGUAGAAAAGCCCGCGUGAAGACGACCCUGAAAGCCCAACUUGCCGAGGAGCUCGACCUCUCAGAAGGUGAAAUCGUGACAGUAACCGAGAUCCUCGAGGACGGUUGGGUGCUGGGCUGUACCUCCGACAACCGCACAGGCACCUUCCCCGAGGCCUUCAUCACCUACCUCGAAAGUAUGGACCAGCCAGACGAAGCCUGUGGUCCCCUCGACCCCAUCCCCCAGUCAAUCACCUCGGGGGGAAGAAUCUACAAGGACUUCGGUGACUCCUCCAGCCCUUCCUCCCACUACGAGGAUCCAGCACCCUCAUACUACGACCUUUUCCCGGACACGCAACCCCCAGCGCCCCAGCACCCCCCAGUCCCCCCUCCCUGUGAAGGGCCCCCAGAUCCCUCCCCCCCACCAGAAUUCGACAAUUUAAACCCCCUAGGGGUGCACCCCUACGCAAUCACUCUCUACCCCUUCAACGCUCAUUUCCCCAAUGAAUUAAACUUCGAGGCAGGUGAAGUGGUGCAUCUGCUGCGUCACAUCGACACAGAAUGGGCAGAGGGCACGAUAGAGUCCUCCAAAGGGCUCUUCCCCACCUCCUACGUCAAGAUAAUCGUCGACUGCAGGGAUUCCCCCCCUCCAGAGGGCCCGAAGGACCCCCAGGAGCCUCUCCGCCUAGAACCCCUGGAGCCAGGUGACCUAGCAACAGUGGAAUACACCUUCAAUGCACAAAUGAGUGGAGACCUGAGCAUAAAAGAAGGUGACUCGAUCACAGUCCUCGAAAUGGCCAACGACGACUGGGUGUCCGUGACAAACACCUCUGGAGAGGUUGGUCUCUGCCCCAGAGGAUACCUCUCCAAGCAAUCCCCAUCCGAAGUUACCCUGGAGGCCAACGACAUUGAAGACUGCGUCGUAAUCCGCAGUCACGAGCGAUCAAAAACCCCAGAAGAGCAAAACAUUCGACGAAAAUCAGAGCCCCAUCGUCCAGCACCUCCAGCCCCAGCCCCAGGCUCCAUUCCCCUCCAGAAAUUUCUGCCCAAUCAUCAGGAGAAAAGCCAAACAGAAGUGCAACAAUCAAACGAGAUCACCGCAACCCCCUCAGAAUCCUCGUCAUCAAAACAGAAAAGAGCAGACAAACGUCAGAACGUGAUCUCAGAGCUGGUGAUAACUGAGAAAGAAUACGUUAGAGAUCUCAAAGUGACGUACGAGACAUUUAACCUGUACAAUCCAGGUCACCUGGAGUCUCGUGGGAUCGACGUGGUCGUUCUAUUCGGAAAUAUCCUGGAGGUGAUCCACGUGGCAGAGGAACUUCUGGAUUUGAUCCUGCGAGCAAUGAAGGGAAUGGACGAGGACCUCCAGACGAUAGCCCCCUGCUUCCUGGUGAUGAGGGAUAAACUCCAGACAACUUACGAUAAAUACUGUGGGAACCACGAGACAGCUCUGAGUCUCCUGAAGAAAUACGAGGAGAACAGGGAGAUAAUGAGAAUCUUCGAGAAGGGGAUAGAGACCCUGCGACAUCAGGUCGUCUGCUUCGACAUGAGCUCCAUCCUCAUAAAGCCAGUCCAGAGGAUUUUAAAAUACCCACUGAUGCUGUAUGAGCUCGUCAAGUGCACUGAGGAUGAUCAUCCAGAUAAGCAGGGCAUCGAGCAAGCCUGGAAGGUGAUGACAGAGGUGGCGUCCUACAUUAACGAGUCCAAACGACGUAAGGACAUUGUCUCGAAGUGCCUGGACACUGACAACACCCUAAUGGCCAAGAUGUCGAAGCUGAAUAUGCACUCGGUGGCGAAAAAGUCGAGCAGGUUGAGUGCUAAAUUAUCAGCGAGCUUGGGGAUGACGAAUAUCCCAGGGGAUCCAGCAUUCGAGGAACUUGAGAGGCAGUUCAAAGCUCUUGAGAAGUGCAGCUCGCAGUUGGCUGCAGACGUAGAUAAGUGCAUGUAUUUUUUGAACGAGGAGACCAACUGCGCUGAAUUAUUAUCGCAUUUCCUGAAUGAGUAUCAUUAUGGGAGCAAUGACAACGAGGUGAGACAAUUGAGUGAGGCCAGGAGGAGCAUUUCCUCUCAGUUUAUUAAUAAUUUAAAGGAACGUAUUAAGAGGAGGGUGAAUGAACCUGUGUCUUUGUUAAUCAGUUUGCUGGAAGGGCCUGCUUUGUUGAUUACUAAACGAGGGGAUAAAUUACUGGAUUAUGACAAUGCCAUCUCGAGGGGGGAGAAGUAUCGAGAGUCCAGAGUCGUGCAGGAGGAGCUGGCAACUGCUAAGACUAAUUAUGAAGCUCUGAACCAACAGUUGAUGGAGGAAUUACCUAUUCUGAUUGGAGCGGGCACUUUAAUCAUCGCGACAUGCAUCGAGGCUUUUGCUAGUGCCAGGAAACUGUUCUUUGGGAGGAUAACGAAGAAGUAUCUGUCGCUGUCGGAGUCUGCGACUCAGGUGACCCCCCAGGACGUUCUCCAGUCGUUCUUGAUCAAUCAUAAUUUACUGUGGAAUCAAAUUUCGAGGUUCAGCUUUGCUGGGGUCAAUCCGAAGGUCGAGUUGGCCACGGUUGAGGUUUCCAAUCAGAAUGAGAAGGAUAAGAAGAUGUUAAUGAACAAGUAUCUCAGGAGUAAUUUGUUUGUUGUGAGGGAGAAAGUCGUCAGCACUUCUUCGUUAGAUUUGGGAGCAGCUAGGGGGACUGUGGUGGCUGUUAUCAAGAGGCAGGAUCCAAUGGGGGAUGCCACGAGGUGGUUCGUUGAUAAUGGGUCUGUCAAGGGAUUCAUUCACAGCAGUACUCUGGAGCCCAUUCCCCAGCCUCGAUCACCCCAGAAUAACAACGACGUCACUGACUCGAGAAGUGACCUUGGGAAUCUGAUGAGUUUGGACUCACCGGUGAGGGAAAUCAAGGAGAAUUUGAUCAGUCUUGAGUCACCUGUUAAACAGAGCAACUCGUCGACUUCGUUGCAGAGUUCAUUGUAUGGAAAUGUUGGCGAUGGCAACGACAAUCAGAGAGUUGGGGGUCAGCAGAGUAGAUAUCAGAACUUGGAAACCGAAUUUUAUAGUUUUUAUGUUGCUGAGGUUAAUUUCGAGGGGGGCAUGUCUGGGACUCUGCCUGCGAAGAAGGGAAGAGUGCUCAAGUUGAUUAGGCCACAUGAUGAGAAAGGGAAUAGUGAGUGGUGGCUCGUGGAGGACAGGGAUGGCGAUUCUGGGUACUUUCCAAGUUAUUAUCUCAUUCCAUUCCAGGCAGCAACAAAUCCUAGGCACGAUUAACGAGUGACUUGGGGGCUGGUUUUUUAUGAUGUUUUUAUGGGUAAUGUACUAUUUUGAUACCUGUGAUAGCCAAGUGCAGUUUUUGCUGAAUGCCAACUAUUUUUUACUCGUGCAUUGGGGGACCUUCUGCAUUGUUUGUGCUGGAUGUACAAACAAGGGUAUUAUUUAUUUAUUUCAAGUUUUAUUGUCGUUUUAAGUGGAAAUUAUUGUUGUGCUAUUUGAGAUUCGUACUUAUAAGAUUUUAAGUGUACAAUGAA